CUUUUUGCAAGCGUGCGGCGCAUUUCCACGCGGACUCGAAAUGACUGCCUGUCACGAGCCGCAGAAGUAUCCCGCGAGCCGGGAGGGUAUCAAUGUUCUGCUUGUUGGUGACUCAGACAGUGUUACUGAGACAUCUCACCUCCUUUGGGAGACCUUACCAAGCUUUGGAGAGGUUGGGCUCAUGCAGAGUGUUUCCCUGAGCGAUGCCCCUUUCGUGGACCUUGCGGCUUUCCAGCUAUACUUAUUUCACCUCCCUUCUUCCAAUGCUUUGGCUGAGCUUGGAGCCCUGCUCAGCAUUAGGGAGAAACAGAGAUCUGACAAAACUGUUUGCAUCCUUAUCAUCCCAGAGCUUGGAUCAGACAUCCAAGUCGGGGCUGCUGAUUUUGUCCUGACCCAGCCAGUAACCGUGGAGAAGAUGGAGAAGGUCCUAAGAGGCUGUCGGCUUGUCACCGAGAGGGGUCAGAGUGACAGUAGAUGCUCCAUGACUGGGUUGCUGGAGCCGAGCAGACAGGAACGCCCAGGACCGCGCAGAGGGGAAGGUGCUUCUGAGCACGAAAGCUCUGAGGGUGACGAUGGAGGGGUGCCCUGGAGGUGUGACUCCUCCCCAGUUAUUGAAAGCAACAUGCAUGCGCUGCUGCACUCCCAGAAGGAGCAAAGGAGGAGGCUUCAGUUCAAAAAGUGCUGCAUUCGUCUCCGGGAGUUGCUGCCGUUCAUCGGCCAGCGGCUGGACAUCGCCUCCAUCCUGGAACUGACGGUCUCCUACGUGGGCUAUUUGCAGCAGCGGCUGCCAGCAGACUUUUUGCAAAAGGUGGUCAAAGCUCUUGAGGAGACCAAGCCAAGUACCUGGCAUAAGUCCACCAAAGCUCCCAGAAAAAGAAAACAUCCACUGAAAGAGAAAUCCACAGUCAAACUGACUUCAGCUGAUGAAGAUUUUGCAGACGAUUUCAUCGCAGCCCACGUUUUGGGAAGGCACAUCCGGCCCAGGACCGAGACGAGUCUGGCCCCCUGCCCUGUGAUGCCUCGCCAGCUGUUCAUCCCGCCUCUAGAUCCAAAUCCUACCUCUGCCCAUGGCAUCAUGUGGCAGCCCACCUGUCCUCCAUUCAGUAACCCCAUGCUGAUGGCUGAGGCCUGUGACCCACCAGAGUAUAUAUAUCAGCCACCUUCCAUCUUCCUACCGGGGACCAUAAAUCCAACAUUUGCCCCCCAACUAAGUCUCGACCCAAACUCCUCCCACUCAGGAAUGUUAAACCAGUUUGCUAGCCUGCCAGCCGUAUUAGAUCAGAACUCUUCCCCACUGUCUAGGCUAGACCCAGCUUGUCCUUCCUGUCCUUCGCUCAUGAUGAAUAAGAGCUUCACGGUUACGGCCGCCCCGGAUGAGCUGUCCAACCCCACAGCGGUCGUUACCCAGCCAUCCCCUCUGUUGGCAGCCCCUGAAAGUACCGCAGAGACCAGCUCCUUUGCACCAGCUACCUCCUGGAUGGAUCUCCUAACAUCACAGUUGGUCCAUGAACCUUCCAGCCAUGUUCUGCCAAGCUUCAGCCCUUUAUUUGGACUCAGCAAUGCACCCCCCCCACUUCAGAACCCCAACCCUGGGUUCCAGCUCUCUCCCUCCUUGAUUUCUAGCCAGGACCAGUGGACUUCUAGUGAGAGCCCACACUGUUCUGCCAUGGCCCACCCUCCACGAUGUUUUUCCCAGGAUUCAGUGCUUCUUGACUCGGCUCAUGGUCUUCAGGCACAGAGUCUAACCAGCCGCCCAGGCAUGGCUCACACGUCAGUAGAAAUCCCCAGAAUGGAAUCGCACAGUGAGCAUCACACGUCAGAGCGCUAUGAAACCGGCUUGAUUGAUGCAAACAUAUAUACAGAUAAAGACCUCACCUCAGUCUUCGAAGAACUAGUGCCAGCUUCUUUCGACAGCUAUUGAAAUGGCAGGUCUCUUUGUGACUUGGAUCUAAACCCUAUGUCCUGCAUAAUUUUUAUGUUUUUUUUUUUUUAUUCACCAGUUAAGCUUAGACAUCUAAGCAGUAAGUGGGUUAGCUUUUUGUUUGUUUUCAGGACAGAAUUGAAGUGAGGGAGCCAUGUACAAAAGCUGUAGAUCUAUAUGCUACAUUUGUUUUCCCAUUUACCAUU